AUGGCGGUGCCCAGCUACACCUACCUCAAGCUCAAGCUACCGGGCCCGAACGGGGUCAUCAUAGUGAGCGGCUCCUUCGAGCAGGCCUACGUCAGCAGCCGCGAGUACUUCGACCUCGCCACCACUGCGGCAAACUCAGCUGAGCUUGGCCAGCUUCGCGCCACCACUCCCGAGUGCUGUCCUGACCCUGGCAAGCCCAACCAGGCACCAGCCUUCGUCUCAACCGAUGAGACCAAGUCGAUCAUGGUCAACGACACCGAUCCAGCCAAGACGGUGCGAGUCGGCUCCCAGCUGUCGGCCAAAUAG